AUAAAAUAAAAAAUACGCGACAUAGAAACAGCCGCACUAAAACGGGGACGGAAAACAAAAAACGUGCUAAGCUUUAAAAUUGUCAAGAAAAAAUUAUUUAUUUAAUAAAAAAACGAAAAAUAAACAUAAUAAUCAAUAGAAAAAAAGGGUAAAUAAAUAAUAGUGUUAAAAUUAAUAAAUGCCGCCCAGAAAAAAAUAUAUUGAAAACAAAAAAACAAGUUAAAGUUUUUAAUGGAAAUUAAAAUAUUCUAUAUGUUUGCUAAAGUUUUGUGGUAAAUAAUCAGGCAUCAAGUAUUUUUGUUAACAAUUGUUGAAAAUAUAAGAAAAAUUAAUUUGCUGCUUGUGUGCAAUAACAAGAGAAAAGCAUUAACAACAACAACAUCAAAUUAACAACACCACCACCAAUAAUAAAUUAUAAUAAUAAUAGCAAAAAACAACAAAUACGCACGAUAUCGAUUUUAUAUGGUUUUUUAAGCCUAAAAACAAAAGAGGAAAAGAGACAAAUAGUCCACAAAUGGGAAUAGAGCGAGAGAGUGAGAUAGUGAGCGAACGAUUGAAUGAAUAGCAGAGAAAAUAAAUAAACAAAAGAAAAACAACCGUAAAUUUCAUUUACAUUUACACACGACAGCACAAAACAAUAACAACAACAAGAGUAGCAACAACUACAAAAACAUAAAAUUCCGCUUAAAAAUAAACAACUCUUGAAAAUAAGAAUAGAAAACAAAAACAACAACAACAACAAAAAUUCUUAUUGUGUGUUAUUGAAAAACCUUGAAUAAAGUCCGCUAAAAAACCAUAAAAGAGUAGAGAAAAAUAAAAAACAAAAACAAACAAUUUGUAAACACGCAAAAAGGAAAAAAAAAAAAAAAACAAUUAACAGUGUUGCUAAACGUUUGAAAAUUUUGAAUAAAAAAAAAAAAACUAAAAACAACAAGCAAAUCGUGUGAGUGCGCAACAACAACAAUAUACGACGAUCAGUUUCUUCUUUUUUCGUUAAUAUUUUUUUUGCCGUAUCAGAAUUAGCAGCACAAAACAUAACAAGUAAUAGAAAUACAAAAAAAGUAUCUUACUAGUUCAUGGCCACCGGUUCUACAACAACAAAUAGAAGCCUUAAUAUCCCGCCCACCCAAUUACUCCAAAAUAACAGCAGUAGCAGCAGCAACAACAACAACUCAAAUAUAAAACUCACAAACAACAAUUUUAACAACAACAGUAAUACAACCACCUUAAAAUUAACAACAACAACAGCAACAUCUAUUAAAAGUGGUCCUUUAACAACCACCAAGAGCAGCAACAACAACAGCAGCAGCACCACCACCACCACCACCAACAGUUUAAAUAACAGCCUCACCAUAAGCAGCAAUAAUUUAAAUACCAGCAACAGCAGCAGUGUUACGGUUACGGCCGACGCUGCCACUGUCGCUAUAGCUAAAGAUAUGUUGCAAUUGCAUCAUGGUUCAGCUCUCAGCAAUAACAAUAACAAUAGCAUCAGUAAUACUACCAACAAUAGUGAUGAUUUAAAUUCUUCUCCUGCUCAUAACAACAAUAAUACGAAUUCCUCUUCUGCCUCUUUAAAUCAUAAUAAUCGGAAUAAUUCCAAUAAUACGACGACAACAACAACCCCACCUGCCCCUUUACAACAAUUUCAAUUGCAACAACAACAAAGACCACCGCCACCACCCGAUCAUGCUGUCGGCUAUUUAAAAUAUGAAGAUGAAUUUCUUUACAUCACCGAGGCCUGCACCAUAAUCGGUCGUAAUUCAUCAACAUCUCAUGUUCAUUUUCAUGUGGCCGAAAAUAAUCUAGUGUCGCGCAAACAUUUUCAAGUACUGUUUGAUGCCGAUACUCGUGAUUUCUAUGUACAAUGUUUGAGUAAGAAUGGUAUAUUUGUGGAUGAUUUCUUGCAGAGGCGCAAUGCCGAUCCUUUAAAAUUGCCAGCAAGUUGUUAUUUCCGUUUUCCCAGCACUGAGAUACGCAUACAAUUUGAAAGUUUCUUGCAUACGGAUUCACCCACAAAUGUGGUUGUUGGUGGUGUUAAUAAUUUGAGUAAUAACUCUUUGAAUAACAAUCAUCAUCAUAAUAUUUCUUCCUCAUCCGCCUCUUCUCAUCAUCUUAUAAGUGGCCAUGGUGGUGGCAGUGUAGGCAAUGUUCAUCAAGUUAUUAUAUCACCUGCUUCAGCCGAGGAAUUACAUCAGCAGCAAUUGCAUGGUGGCGGCGGCGGAGGAGGUGGCGGUGGCAUUCAUCAAAUGCAGCAUAUAUCAUCGUCUCAGCAGCAGCAACAACAUUUAAGCUCUUCAGGUGGUUCUCAUUUACUACCUAUGGAUAAUUCGAAUGUUAUUUAUUCACCACUUAAAAUAUCUAUACCCAAAAAGGAACAAAAGUCUCCUUAUUUAUCACCAACUGGUACAAUAAGUGCAGCCAAUAGUUGUCCGGCUAGCCCGCGUCAAGGUUUUCAUCAGAAUCAAAAUAAUUAUAAUAAUUAUAGUAAUAAUAAUUUACAAAAUCAACAAGAUUUAUUCCAAACGCCCUCAACGGCCAGUUAUAAUCAUAAUGAGAAACCACCUUACAGUUAUGCUCAAUUAAUUGUACAGGCUAUAUCCGCAGCACCAGAUAAACAAUUGACAUUGUCGGGCAUUUAUUCAUUUAUUGUUAAACAUUAUCCUUAUUAUCGUAAAGAAACUAAUAAGGGUUGGCAAAAUUCCAUACGUCAUAAUCUCAGUUUAAAUAGGUAUUUCAUAAAAGUUGCACGCUCUCAAGAUGAACCCGGCAAGGGUAGCUUUUGGCGCAUUGAUCCUGAUAGUGGCGCCAAAUUAAUAGAUCAUAGCUAUAAGAAACGUCGCCAACGCAGUAGCCAAGGUUUUCGCCCAUCGUAUGGCAUGCCACGUUCAGCACCUGUUUCACCAAGUCACAUGGGUAAUUAUACUUAUUUUGAAUAUUCGGCUGAUAAUUCACGUGAAAGUUCACCGCUACAAGAUAUUGUUCUACAAUCAGCACCUGGUUCACCAGGCAUGUCUUUGGAAAAUCGUAAUGUUGAUAAUGAAAUUAUUUAUCAAAAUCAGAAUAUUCAACAAUCCAGCGCUAAUAAUACCCAACAAUUCAGCAGCAGCCCCUAUUAUAUAACAAAUCAAAAUACGAUUAUAACACAACAACAUCAACAGGAAAUAGGUGGUGGUGGUGGCGGCGGCGGAGGUGGUGGUGUAGGUGCUUUAAUUGCUCUCAAACGUAAUCAUGCAAUGGCUGCUGGUACUGGUGGUGGUGGUGGUAAUACGGUGGUAACUUUGCAACAGCAGCAGCAACAUCAUCAACAAAAUCUACAAGGUCUACAUCCAGACAUUAUCUAUGAGGAAAUGCCCACAGAUUAUAGUGGUAAUAUGGAAUCAGGUGAUGAUGAAUGUGAUGCUGGUGCCAAAAGGCCAAAAGUUGAAGUACUCUGAUGUGUAUGACAACAGCAACAACAAGAAAACGUAAAAAAGAAUAAGUAAAAGAAGAAAGAAAGAAAAAAAAAACAACUACAACUACGGCUAGUGUUGUUGACAAAUAAUUAUCAUCAUUAUAUAUAACAAAAGAAAAAAAAAACAACAAAAAAAUAUGAAAACCAACAAAAAAUUACAUUUAUGUUUUAUUAUGUACGCUUUAAUUUUACAAAAUUUACUAUACACCCUACACACACCAACACACAUACUACAUCAACGGCAUCAAAAGCAUUAUCAUCCAACACCGACUCCUCCCCGCCUCUUAACACUCACUGUAAAGUGGAGCCUUCAAUCAACAUUAAUGUUCUCUCAUACAUCUUUUUUUCUUUGCGCUUAAGCCCUGGUAAUUUAGUUUUAACUUUAAUUACAUUUCUAUAGAUUCUACUUUUACCUGCCCCAGUUUUCUUUUUUUAACAAUUUUUUUUUUUUCAUUAAUUCUCUAUUUUAAUUAUAAUUUCCUCCCCAAACAUUUUGAACGUUUAAAUUGUAACGUUAUUAAUUAAUUUUUAAUCUAAACUACAACACACCUAAACACACAAAAAUGUAUUGUUUUAAACACUUUUUUUUAAUUUUUUAAUUAUCUAAAGUAUAUUGAAUUUGCUGACCCUUUAAUUAAACUUUUGUUUUUUAAUAUAAAGCUAUAGUUUAUAUAUAUAUUUUUUGUUAAAUAUAAGUUGGCGUUAAAAAAGGAAUUAAUUUUUUUAUCCGUUAAACGGAUAUUGCUCUCAUUUAACUUCUUUUUUUUAGAAAAAAAAAAAAACGUAUGUAAUUACAAUGAUUUUAUGUUGUUAAAUAUAAACUUAAUAAUUAAUUGUUUUUUUCACAAAAACACGUUUUUAACGACGAAUUCAAUAUGCUUUGAUGAUGGCUUAAACAACAACAAAAAUAACUAAUUGGUUACACAAAAGCAAAAGUCUUUAUAAAUAAUGUUUAUUAUAUAUUGAUUUAAACAAAACUAAAAAAAAACAAACAAAA